UUGGCGAAUGUCAGGUCCAUCCAUCGCUCCGUUGACAUGCCCAGCGGCAUUUUCAUUUUCCGACGGAAUUAACGAAGAUCCUGUGACCGGCGGCGACCUUCAGUCACUUUUGGCUCUUGUGUCCGUCUAUGAAGCGUCGACAGCGAUGCAGCAGCUUCUGAAUCCAUUUGCGCAAAAAUAUCCCGAGACUGUAGACUGUAAUCUUCCAUCUCAAUCGACUUGUUGUCGGUUCAACAAUUCUGGUCCCUUUGCAGGUCAUUACCUGGCAGCAGGCGGGUCCGAUGGUCUCAUAGAGAUUUGGGAUGUGGAGACAAGAGACAUCAUACGGACGCUAGAGGGGCACGUCAAGUCUAUCGGAUCAAUAUGUUGGUCUCGGAACAACCGGUACUUGCUCUCAGCUUCCCUUGAUUCGACCUGUGUCGUUUGGGAUCUCUCUAUAAUGGACAACCCUGCGCUGUCGCCACGUACACCACUGGACUCACCUCAUUCCUCGUCCUCUGUGUCUGUGAUUGCGCCCUCGACUAGAUCUCGGACGAUCCGAUUCGACGCUCCGGUCGCUAUGGCUGAAUUUCAUCCUCGGAAUUCCAAAAUCAUUCUGGCGACAUUAACGUGUAACGAGGUCGUUUUGGUGGAUUUGCGACCGGGAGGAGGCAUGUCCAUUGUGGAGGACGCGGUCGACGAGAGGGACAUGCAAGUGGACUCGGAGCAAGGAGACUCCGCACAGGAGAGUCAGAGGGCUAUUCUCUCGUGUGCAAAAUUCUCACCUUGCGGAUCGAGGAUUUAUGCUGGAUCAACUCAAGGAGAGCUCUUGAUAUUCGAUCCAGUGACUCGUACAGUGAUCAACAGGUAUAAAGUGGCCAAUGCGUCUAUCCGUCAGAUCGCGUUCGACUCCCGUGGCCAAACGUUUGUCUGCUCUGCGUCGGACAGAGCGGUCAGAGUCCUCCUCAUCUCACCUACGACCGGUGCACUCACUCCCACCCAUCGAUUCCAAGACCUUGUCAACAGGACACCUUGGAACAGUGUAGGAUUCAGUGGUGAUGGAGAGUAUGUCAUGGGAGGUGCAGGUUAUAAACAGGCACACAACGUGUUUAUAUGGGAUAGAGCAUUUGGAAAUCUCGUCAAGGUCCUCGAGGGUCCAAAACAGAGUCUCGUGGAUUCAGACUGGCAUCCGACUCGACCGGUCAUCGCGUCGAUAUCAAACGUCGGAGAUAUUCACCUCUGGCAUACUGUAUCUCCGGACAAUUGGGCCGCUUUCGCACCUGGCUUUGAAGAAUUGGAAGAGAAUGUAGAGUAUGACGAAAGAGAAGACGAAUUCGAUAUCGAGGACGAGACAGAAGUUACGAGACGUCAAGACCUGGAAGAAGAUUCCAUUAUUGAUGUCUUCACACCCGAUGACUCUGUACCUAGACGACCCAAGCCAAUAGUGCAAUCGAAUACGGGGGAAUCCGAAGAAACUGAGGAAGGUAGAGCAGCAAGACUAGCAGCUCAAGUCAUGGAAUGGGCUGAUCGAGAACCGGAUGAGGAUACGUGGGAGGGAUUUUUCAUCAGUCUCAACUUGCUUGAGCCGAUCAACGGAACGGUCACGAACGGGUCGUGAGGGAAAGCAUAGCUCAUCACACUGGUAGUAUACACACUUGACGAAACUAUAACGAUGU